GGGUUGUGUGUAGCGACUCAAUAAUUCUUAAUACGGUAGUGUUACAGAAAUGGAACUCGAAAUGAUCAAAAGUAAAGUGGCUCUUCACGAGAAAAUUCGCGAUUUAGAGGAGAAAAACUCGUUACUUGUGGCCCAGAUUACGGAAUAUGAAAAAUUGAAAACAUCCUGCUCCGACAACUUGGAAUUGAUCAGAACCAGUUUGGACAAUCUACAGGACCUUCUGGCAAAAUGUAGAGCUGAGUUAUUGCUUCAUCUAAAUCAGCCCAACCAACAGUCGAUAUCCUGCAGUCCCCGAACGGAAGAGAACAGUUCUCCAGCAAAUAGCUUCGCUGUGAACACAUCGCUCAAAUCUGAAAUUGAACUGCUCAAGGCCCAGCUGGAAAUCUACAAGAACGACUUUGCCGAAGAAAGAGUGGCACGGCAAGCUCUGCUGGUGGAAAAGAAUAGGCUAGCGGGAGAAUUGGGCCAACUGCAGCAACAAAAUCGAAACCUGAUCGUCGAAGCUAUGGCCGGCCAAGCGGAACAUCAGGAGCUUAACAGUUACAACCAAAGGUGCAGCCCAACGUCAACCUCUAGAAGUGAUGGAGCGGUUAACGAGCCAAGAAAUAGGCAUGACGGACAAUUGGAACGGGUGGCGUCACACUGCUCGCUUUGCAACCAAGUGUUUGGAGACAUUCAUUCGCUCGAGACACAUAUCGACGAGUGUCCGGCUUAUUAGCUACAUGUUAGUUUCCGUGCAGUUUGUAAGAUAGUUAAGGUAAUAAUAAGAGCAAUACAUAUGAAACGUACGUCUUUUCUUGCUUCCGCAUUGACUUAUACCACAGCUAGUACAGCCGUUAGUUUCAUAGUUUUUCUGGUUCGUCUAACGGAAUGCAAAUACCUACAUUCGUAACAUCUGAGGAAUGCUAUGUUGCAGUAUUAUUUAAAAUGAUUUUGUCAAGUAUCGAAUGUUCAACAUUGAUUUGAUUUUUUCCAACGUACCCAUAAUAAAGUAA